CUCGGUUGAGUCAGUGAGAUUCUCUGAGCGGCGCGUCUUAAUAAAUGGCUAAUCUUCCUCCUUCGCCCUCCUUGAAAUCUGUCGCUCCCUCCUCAGGACCUUCUCCUCCUCCUCCUUCUUCUUCCUCCACCAGUGAUCGCAAGGUUUUUCCGGCGGAGCAGUUGAUUCUCAAUCUCAGUAAUCUCGAACUCCACGAAAAUGCUCUUCACGAAUUGUCCAAGAAGAGAGAGAACUUUCAUGAGUUGGCUCCGCUCUUGUGGCAUUCUGUUGGUACCAUUCCUGCUCUUCUACAGGAGAUUAUCUCAGUUUACCCUGUCCUAUCUCCUCCAACCAUGACUCCUGCUCAAUCUAACAGGGUCUGCAAUGCACUUGCGCUUCUUCAGUGUGUUGCUUCUCAUGCCGAUACGAGAAUGUUGUUCCUGAAAGCCCAUCUGCCAUUGUACCUGUAUGCUUUCUUGAAUACAUCAAGCAAGUCAAGACCGUUUGAGUACCUACGGCUGACUAGCUUGGGGGUUAUUGGUGCACUUGUUAAGGUUGAUGAUUCUGAAGUGAUCAGAUUUCUUCUUCAAACUGAAAUUGUCCCAUUGUGCCUCCGGACAAUGGAAAAUGGCAGCGAGUUGUCAAAGACUGUUGCUACUUUCAUUGUUCAGAAAGUUUUGCUGGACGAGGUUGGGCUUGAAUACAUGUGCACCACCGCUGAGAGAUUCUUUGCUCUGGGUCGAGUUUUGGGAAAUAUGGUUGCUUCACUUGCAGAAGGACCGUCUCCUAGGUUGCUAAAGCACAUCGUACGCUGCUAUCUCCGCUUGACAGAUAACCCCAGAGCCUGCGAUGCGCUUGGAAGUUGCCUUCCAGAUCUUCUGAGAGAUGCUACCUUCAGCCGUUGUCUCUAUGAUGAUCCACCUGCAGGGCAAUGGCUGGAGAAACUGCUUCAGAACAUUAGCAUUGGCGGUAGAGCACCUCAAGGCUUGGCUCAUAUGUUUGUGAAUGAAAUCGAACCCCAGAGAUUAGUAUUCUGGGGGGGAAACAGUUAUUCAUUGGACAAAAAAGUUAGGUGAAAUCAGAAUUACAGAUGAGAAACAGAAACUCACAGGCCAAGAUUUUUUAGUUUGAUUGAUAUAUGUACUUGGAUUCCCUGACC